AUGGUUUCGUUGCGUGAUAUCCAGUCUACCGCGUCUCCGAAGGAGUUCGCGCUGGAUUUCCAGUUGAAGAACAUGUCUGCACACACUCCGCAAGGUACUGCAUUGCCGUCUUACGGACCUACUGGGCACCCGUCUUACACGCAUACAGUCCCAUCUUUUGCCUCUCCCUUCAUCGAUACCUCCUACCACGACUUCUCCACCCCGGCUCAACCGGCUUUCCCGGACUUUACGCCUGCACUCUCCUACCACUCCUCCUUCGAGUCUCCUAUUGAGGAUGAAUUGGCGUUGUUGGCUACCCCCGCCGCGGGCGCCAUGCCGCUCUUCGAUCUUGAGAACGAUGGUGCGUGGGGAUGGGAAGGUUCCCUUUUCCCUGAGGAGGAGGUUGUCAAGUCCGCACCUGCUGCCGCAGAAGCGUUCUGCAUGCCGCCGCAAGCGCUUGUGACUGCCCCCCCUCCUCCCGCCAUGGCGGCACCCGCGCUGCCACCACCUAUGGUCGUGGGUGAGCAACCCCAGGAAGAAGUCUUCGUGAAGCCGGAAGUCAUCUCCCCCCUCAUGACAACCAAGCCCUCCUUCACCCCCGCCUCCCGCCCUUCCUUGAAGCGCGACUCAACCUCCACCUCCACCUCUUCCAUCCCAUCCUCCCCUUCCCCCUCCAUGGACCUCGAAGACUCCAAGUUCGACCUCCCAUCCUACAAGCGCCGCCGCACGGCCGAGCUUCCUCCCUUGCCGGUGGACAGCCUGGACCCGAUCGAGGCCAAGCGCGCGAAGAACACGGAGGCGGCACGGAGGUCUAGACAGAGGAAGUUGGAGAAGAUUGAGGGACUCGAGGGUACGAUCCGGGAUUUGAGGGCUGAGGUUGAGAUGUGGAGAGCCAGGGCUAUUGGCCUUGGAUGGAAUGAGUAA